AUGUCCGGAGGAGUAGAUUCUUCCGUCACCGCAAAAAUACUAGCGGACAAAGAUUACGACCUAUCGGCAGUGUUCAUGCGCAACUGGGACACCCGCGACGAGUCUGGUUCAGAUCAUGGAUGUGAGUGGGAGAAAGACUGGGAGGACGUCAGACGCGUGUGUGGGGUGCUCGAUAUACCUUGUACAAUGGUGGAUCUCUCCCGUGAAUACUGGACGCGGGUAUUCGAGCCCUCUUUGAAAUCCUGGGAGAGCGGUAUCACGCCCAACCCUGACGUGUGGUGUAACAAAGAAGUGAAAUUCGGCGCAUUGCUCGACCGCCUUACUCAGGAUCCUGGGUUUUCAAACACUCCAUGGCUUGCAACCGGUCACUACGCAAGUAAAGAUUGGAAAGACCAUGACGGCGUUUCACGACCAAGGCUUCUUCGUCCUCGCGACGUCACAAAGGACCAGACAUAUUAUUUAUCUUCUAUCCCCGAACGCAGCCUUUCCCGCGCUCUUUUUCCUCUAGGAACUCUAAAAAAGACAGAAGUCAGAGAGCUCGCUGUGAAAUGGAACCUACCAACGGCAGCCAGAGAAGAAAGCAUGGGCAUAUGUUUUGUGGGGGAGAAGCGCAAAUUCCAUGACUUUAUAUCCCAAUAUAUACCACCUAGACCUGGUCCGAUCAUCAACCUGGAAACAGGAGUUCAAGUGGGCGAACAUGCAGGGCUAUGGAAUUUCACUAUUGGUCAGGGUGCUAAGGUGAAGGGUCUUAAACAGAAGACUUUUGUUGUGAAGAAAGAUAUCCCAAAGAACAUAAUAUAUGUCGUGUCUGGGACGGAUCAUCCAGCGUUAUACGCCCGAUCUUUGGUCAUCCAUGCUUGGACCUGGAUAUGGGCUGACAGCCCACCAACAGAGCUCAUGUAUCCCGGUGGUCUCAAAGCGCGUAUGAAAUUCCGGCAUGUGAUGUCUGACAUAGACUGUACUGUGUACUCUGACAACGGUCACAUUCGCAUCGAUUUCGAUGAGCCACAGAAGGCCGUUGCACCAGGGCAAGUUGCAACGGUUUACAUUGAAGACUGGUGUUUAGGAUGCGGUACAAUCAUCGAUGUGGCUUAG